UCCAACUUCUCUCUCUCUCUCUCUCUUUCUCUCUCUCCCCAUCUUUAUAAGUACAACUAGCAUUCACAAUUUCACCCCGCUCUAGUUUUUCCCAAACAAAUAGCAAACUACUUAAAGCCAGAAAACAGAACAAUGAUGGAAUCAAACCCACCUCUCCUGCCCCAUUACAAAGCGCUUUUGAGCCACACAGCUGAUGAAGUUGCUGCACUUGAGUACUGCAAUGUAUGGAAAGGUGGAGCAGUAAUGGAGGAAUGUCAACUGCCAUUGAUAGACCUCGACGGUCUGAAAUGUCAUGAUGCGAUGGAGAGGCUUGCUUGCUCUACAGCAAUAUGUAGAGCAUCAUCAGAGUGGGGGUUCUUCCAAGUGGUGAAUCAUGGGAUAAGUAGUGAGUUGCUUGGGAAGAUGAGAGGAGAGCAGAUAAAACUGUUUCAAGCCCCUUUUGAGAUGAAACAAACUUGUGGGCUUCUAAAUAAUUCCUACAGGUGGGGAACACCAACUGCUACUCGUCCAACCCAGUUUUCAUGGUCUGAAGCAUUCCACAUUCCUCUCACAAAGAUCUCUGAAGAAGCUUGCUAUGGGGAGUUUGGCUCUCUAAGAGGAGUGCUGAAGGAAUUUGCAGAAGCCAUGGCUAAACUAGCAAGAUUGCUUGCAGGGGUUCUAACAGAGAAUUUGGGCAACCGAAAGGAAGUGAUUGAGGAUAUUUGUGACGAAAACACAUGCUUUCUUCGAUUGAAUCGCUACCCUGCGUGUCCAAUAUCUCCAGAAAUUUUCGGAUUGGUGCCCCACACCGACAGUGAUUUCCUCACAAUCCUUUAUCAAGACCAAGUUGGUGGACUUCAGCUCAUGAAAGAUUCCAAAUGGGUGGUUGUAAAACCCAACCAAGAUGCUCUCAUUGUCAAUAUUGGAGAUCUUUUUCAGGCAUGGAGCAACGAUGUGUACAAAAGCGUGGAGCACAAGGUGAUGGCUAACACGAAAAGGGAAAGAUACUCAAUAGCAUACUUCCUUUGCCCUUCCUAUGACUCUUUAAUCGGGAGUUGCAGAGAACCUUCAGUCUAUAGAAAGUUUACUUUUGGAGAAUACAGGAAAAAAGUUCAAGAAGAUGUCAAAAGAGACGGCUGCAAAGUAGGCCUUCCAAGAUUUCUACUUUAGGAUACAGAUACACAUCGACACUGCACAGGGAUUGAAAUACCAGAUUCACAAUGCAGGGUGGAGAGAGAGAGAGAGAGAGUCUUUAGAGUCUUGGGUUGAUGGGACAAACCCUAGUUCAUAUAUAUAUUAUAUACACAAAUUAUAAAUACAUACCAUUUGUAGCUUUUAGACAAAAAGAGAGAAAACAAGAGGCAAAAGAGGAGAGAAUACAGCAGUGCACAUGGUGUAUGUUGAAACAGAAACUAUUUAUACUUUGUGUUCAUGUGAGAAUAUCACUUCUUUGUUUAAGGAUGCAAAGCAUGGUUUGGU